GUUAAACCUGUCCUGUUCCUUUGUCUGAGCUGCAGACGUUGGAUAAGACAAGUCUUUCAUUCCUGGUGUUGUAUCUGCUCAAGAAGCAUUUAACGAUAAGAAAACCCUUUAGCUGUACCAACUGGGCACCAUGCCACUCAACAGACAAGCAAAUGCUGCCAUUUCCAAUGGAAACCACUCCCCAGCAGCAGAGAAGGCAGGCUCCUCUCUACCUGCAGACAAGAAGCUGUUCACACCUGGGCCACUGGGGGUCAGUCUCACCACCAAACAGGCCAUGCUGCGCGACCUGGGCUCACGGGAUGUGGAGUUUGUAAACAAAGUCAGCUUCAUUCGACAAAGAUUGCUGGAAGUGGCAGGUGUUCCUGCAUCAACCCACACCUGUGUACCUGUGCAGGGCAGUGGCACAUUUGCUGUGGAGGCAGUGAUUACUACAACAGUACCAAGGGAAAGUGGCAAGGUCAAAGAAGAUCGUUACAUCAUCACAUCGUACCAUUUCCCCGACCACCCAGCCUUCAGCUUCAAAGACUUUUACUCACGCCUCAAUGAUAAAGGCCAGGUGAUUUACCCAGGAAAGGUGACGAAGGCAGACUGCUUCCGCGUGGGCAACAUCGGACACCUGUUCCCAGAGGACAUGCAGCACCUGCUGCACUGUAUACAGGAGGUGUGUGCCGACAUGGGUAUCCCACUGCCUCUGAAGACCAGCAGCUAGAUAAACAGCUUCUACAGAAAUAUCUAGCUAGGCUGAAGUACUUCAACAUUGUCCUAAUACUCUUUGUUAGGCUAAUUGUACAGAAAUCUGUUAAUUCAGUUUCUUGCAUCCAUGUACUGUUACAAUAGUGCAAUGCACUACUGCCCUCUUUUUUUUAACACAUGACACACUUUUGUUUAAAAUAGCUGUAGGCUAGAUAUGAUGAUGAUGUAAAACUAUUGUCAAUCACCUUGCUUCAGUAACAAUCAUCCAUGACAUAAAGGUGCAUCUCUUCUUUUAAGGGAUAGCUUACAAUGUAUUAAAAAAAUUCAUAAGAUAUAAAGACGAAAAAACACCAAUGACUCAACCACCAAUACUUGACACUUGACCCAAAGUCAGGCACAUUCAAAACUGUUUUUGAUGCCACUGCAAAUCUACCCCAGUUGUGCCAAAAUUACACUACAAAUCUGGAAAUAUACAAUCUCUACAAAAGUUCAUUAUUUAUCAAAAUCCUUGAUAAUUUUAAAUGGUUCUUAUAUUUGGAAUCCACCAAUCCACUAAAAAUCUAUAUUUUCUAAGCCAUUGAGUGGGUGGGGAAUUCAAUUGAUGACAGAGUUAGACAAUCAGAUGGCUUGGUACAUUACUAAUGGUUGUGGGUUAUAACAACUUUUGGACAUUCAAAAGGAGCGGUCCCUUUCACUAGCCUGUAGGAGUGAGUAUAUGUCAGUGGAUGAUACCACUGGCUACUCGUUCACUUGGUUUUGUAGACUAGGUACUUUUUAAAAAUUCCAGCGAGACAGUGAAACAUACUGUAAUUCACUUUAUGUUCAUGGUAACAAAAUUUCACGGUCUAUUUCUUGAUAUGCAAGCAUAGUGCUAUUCCUCCUGUUGUUGUGGAACUGUAACUUGAGAAAUAUUUGGAUUUCUCAUAUUUUGGUGAAUUCUUAAUUGUUUUAACUUAUUUUGAAGAACACUACAUUACCUUUUUGCCUACAACAUGUAACGUUACUUAAUUUUUGGAAGAUGACUGAAUGAAUAGAUUAUAUUAUACAAAGGUUAUAUUAUUCCAUUUGUGUGCCAUAAUCACUGUUAAUGCUUCAUUGCUGCUUACAUGUUAAUUGAUAAAAUAGAUAAAUAAAUAGAUAAAUGAAUUUUUAAAAAUUAUCAAAGCAAUGACGGUCCACUUCAGUCCCAAGCAUUGACAUGUGGUGAGGAUGAGUGUUUGAUCAAAUGUCAAUUGUUAUGUAAUGCAUUGGGUGCUAAGAUAGAGAGAACUUUAUUGACACAACAAAAGUACAGCGACUUUCGUAAAGUCUAAGACUGCAUGUAGAUAUACAGACAAAUACAUUGGGUACAACGAAAUUAACCUAUGUACAAAACAAUAGAUGAGUCAACUAAUACUUGUUCUAAGGUCUAAAUAUUCUUUGAUAUACUUACCUAUUUGUACACAGUAAGAUAUGAACACAAUUGUUUCGGUGCCGUCCAGCUUGAAUAUUUCAGUGAAUUUCAUCUCUGCAAGUAAUGUAAUUUUGUAUUGUGUAACAUCAUGUUCAACCAUUUUGUGCCUGUUGAUGAUACAAAUUACAAAAAGAAUCCGGAAAGAGCCAAUAGCAGUUGCAUGUGAGUUUUCCGACUGUAAUGUAUCAUUAGAAUUGUGUACAGUAGUGAGGUAGUUACCUUAGAUAGUUUGAGAUGCCAACUUCUUAAAGCCAUUGUUUGCUUGAUAAUCACUUUAUUGAUGUUUUAAAUCUGGCUGAUUUUACUUUGAGCAAUAAAUACAGAAUGAUGUUUA